GAGGUUCCAAAUUCUACAAUAUAUAUUUUAUACCUUUCAAAGAUCUUUCUAGGCAAGGGGUACUAUUCCGAAGAGGUUCCCCAUAUCCAUGACCCUUGCGGUUGCUCAGAGAUCGUUGUGGUUUCUUCUGCUGCUGCUGCUGCUGUUCCUGCCUUUGGGGAAAAACGAAGGAGGGGAGUUCCAGACUGGACUACAAUUCGGAUUCCAGCAGUGCUACCCCCACGAGGAGUUCUUCCUCUCCGCCCGACGUCCUUGCCACCACCCUUCACAAAGCGUCACCGCCAAGAGGUUGCAACUGCCCUGGUGGUGCGCCCUGAUGGAGAGCCUCUUCCUGCUGCUGCUGGUGAAGCUGCUCCAGUUGUAGAUGAGCCAACCCCUUUCGCUCUUU